CGCGGCGGCGCGAUGUGGCCCCUGCUGGUGCUGCUGCUGCUGGGCACGGCGUCCUGCGGGUCAGCUCAACUAAUAUUUAAUGCAACCAAAUCUGUAGAAUACACCACCUGCAAUAAAACUGUUAUCAUCCCGUGCUACGUUAGUAAUAUAGGGGCACUGAGCCUCAAAGAACUGUUUGUAAAGUGGAAAUAUGGAGGAAAAUACUUUUUUACAUAUGAUGGAGAUAAAAAUGAAUCCAAAGCCUAUGAAGACUUUCCGAGCGCAAGUAUCGUACCAGAAGCACUACUAGUUGGCAUUGCCUCUUUGCAGUUGAGUAAGAAGGAUGCUGUCCCAGGAAACUACACUUGUGAAGUAACAGAAUUAAGCAGAGAAGGCGAAACGGUCAUAGAACUAAAACAUCAUGUUGUUUCAUGGUUUUCUCCAAAUGAAAAUAUUCUUAUUGUUAUUUUUCCAAUGUUGGCUGUACUUCUGUUCUGGGGACAGUUUGGUAUUGUGACACUGAAAUACAGCUCCAGUGUUACGAAGGAGAAAACCAUCCUUCUGUUCGUGGCUGGACUGGCUCUCACUGUAUUCAUCAUCGUCGGAGCCAUUCUUUUCAUCCCCGGUGAAUAUUCAACAAAGAGGGCCAGUGGACUUGGCUUAAUUGUAGUUCCUACAGUGAUACUAAUAUUACUUCAGUACUCUGUGUUUAUGAUAGCUCCAGCUAUUGGGAUGUCCUCCUACAGCAUUGCCAUAUUGAUCCUCCAGAUGCUGGGCUUUGUGCUCUCUGUGGUUGGACUAAGCCUGUGUAUCUCAGCAUGUUCCCCAGUGCAUGGCCCUCUUCUGAUUACAGGUUUGGGUGUUAUAGCUUUAGCGGAAUUACUUGGAUUAGUCUAUAUGAAAUUUAUUGCUUCCAAUCAGAGGACUAUACAACCUCCUAGGAAAGCUGUAGAGGAACCCCUUAAUGCAUUUAAAGAAUCAAAAGGAAUGAUGAAUGAUGACUAACUGAACAGAGGUGCCGGACUCUGCUUUGGAGAAUAGUGAGCUGUGAAAGGAAUGCACCUGUGUUUAAGCACCAUGGCCUUGACUCAUUCACUGUUCAAGAGAAGAAAACAAGAGAGUAACUGACUGCCAUCUGUCAGAGAAAGUAAAUCAUUGACUUUUAAAUGGCUAUUAUAGUUAAGUUUUUAUUCAGAACAUUUGUGAUUUAGUUAAUAAAAGAAUUAUGAUCUGUGAUUGUGUGCCCAAUUGAGAUCCAGUUUUUUUCUGUUGUUAUUUUUCUUCAAUCAGGGGCAAAAGUAGAGUGGGCAACUUCCAAGAAUGAUGCCUUUCAGACCCUGGGUCCUCUUGACUCUAGGUCACCAGUUUAAAUUGGUUCAGUGUGAGAAUCGCCUGGCACUGACCUGGUACCCACCCAGAGAUAUCACUGAAAACCAGUGGCUUCCAUCGAACCUUAGCAAACUCAGUUCACAGCCACUUCGGCAAUUAUGGUGUCAGCUAAAUAAUGUGUCUGCUACCUCUAGGCCAAGGAGAUAGCAAAUUAAGUACAAACAGGAAUUUGGUUGGAAACACUGUGUGUGUUGCUUACGUGUGAUGUGAUACUAAUGGAGAUUGUGGUAUUCAUUCUUGGGGGUUGCCAUUCACACAUUCUUCCUUCAACAUACAGUGUAAUCGAUCCUUUCCAGAUUUAGGGUGAUUUUAUUGAUGGAUGUCUUUUUCUUUUAUUCACACACCCUUUUAAGCCCUGUCUUGUCCUCCUGUUACUUGCUUCUGCUGUACAAGAUGUAGCAACCUUUUCUCCUCUUCGAACAUGGUCCAGUGACAUGGUAGCAUCAUUGCAGAAAGGAGCCAGACCCGUUCUCAGAGAAGUGUGUUUACACUUUUCAGCGAAAAUAACGAUGGUUGUAACAUAUGCAUUCCCUUCCUCAGAUUUGAAGGCACAAUCUACAGUGUUUCUUCACUUCUUUUCUGAUCUGGGGCAUGAAAAACCAAGAUUGAGGUUUUAACUAUGUGUCCCCUGCAUGGCAACAUAAUGUGUGUCGCUGUCAGGCCCAGAGGCCAGCCCUCGAGAGGGUGGUUUUAUCGCUAUUGUAUCUAUGUUGCAUGAUAAACACUCAUCAUCUUCCUCCUGUAGUCCUGCCUCGUAUUCCCCCGACUCCAAGAUUGAAAAGUAAAAGAAAACCCCCACGUUUCCUACCCCAUUAGAAGAAAAUUAACAUUCUGACAGUCGUGAUCGCCUGGAGUACUUUUAGACUAUUAGCACUCGUUUUCCUCCUUCGUGGGUGUGUGUGUGUGCACAUGUGUAAGAUAGGCACAUGCCUCUUCUGUACGGACAUCAGCGAGGUACCUGCAGGAGAGCAAAUGCUAAUUCAUGCUUUCAGCAAAAACAUUUAAAACAAAGAUCUUUAUUGGGUGGGGUUCUAUUGGAUGAGAAUAUUCGAUCACUUAAAACUUUAAAACUUCUAGAUAAUUUGCCAAGUCUUUGGACCGCUCACCAGUGCCCUCUAAAAAUACUAGAUUCUUCCUGCUUGUGUAAUAAUAAGACACUCAUGUUUGUAGUUGCAUUACAAAUAGUUAUUUCUCAGUCCACUGAAUGUCCCCAUGUGCCUCUUUUAUGCCAAAUUGAUUGUCAUAGUUCAUAUUGGGACCAAGUGGUUUGCCCAGGGCAAACCAGAAUUUAUGACCUGCUGAUGCCUCUCAGAAAACUGAACACACUAUGAAGACAGCGCUUCUUGGAGAAAAAAAAAAAAGGAAAAUAAUUUUUCCCUCUUUGUGUUGCUGUCCAAAACAGUAUCAUAUGUACGGGAGCUGUUUUCCUUCCUACAAACAGCACGGCUCCUGCUGCUCUUUUUCCUUCCGAAAAUAUUUAUAUUUUAGUAACAUCAGUUGUUACUUUAUAAAUCAAUUUUGAUGAAAGGCGGGAAAAAAGCAGAUGGACUUGAAAGAGAUCCAAAUUCUUAUUCUCUAUUAAGAAAAAGUCAGGUAUGAAACAUCUUUAUAGUGAACUUUUUUAUAAACUAAUGUAUCUUUUAAUAUGCAGUAAACUCUCCUUUAUGUGGGGUUCAGUCUUGGGACUUGGCCAUCGUUUGUGUUCUCUUUAACGUUGCCUGUCUUGGGAGGCAUCCGCAGCACUGGACAGCACACAGAGGGAGCCGGAAACAUGCCCGAUGAAAUCAGCUCUUGCUCUUCCUAGUUGUCAGCUUCUCUGGAAAAGGGACCACAGCAGCAGCAACCCUCUUGCUUGGGCAUCAUUGGGCCAGUUCAUUCUCAUCCAGUCAGACUUGUCAUGGCGCCCCAUUUUCUGUCACACCUAAUUAAAAUUGCUAACAAUGUUUCGGGCAUCAUAUAUCUCUCUCUCCCCAUAGUCUGCUUUUUACUCACCGAUCGGAUUUUUGCCACUGACUCUUCCUUUCAAUUUUAUUUGUUGUAUGUCCUCAGAGUGUUGCCAUUUGUCAUUUUUGCAUCAACUGUUUCAACCUUUCUGGCCAAAUCAAAUUUUCCCUCUGCCUCAAAACAUGAUCCUUCAGCCCUUGGUUCCCCUCAGACUCCCCAUUGCAGUCUAUCGCCAUCUACCUAGCUGCCUCUUUCAUUUUGACUUACCUUUCCUGGUACUUCUUGGUCUCUGCUUAGCUCUGUUGGUUUGUCUUGCUUUCUCUCACUUGAUUUGAAAAUUCCUUCAUAGCAAAAGCGUUUUUCGUCCUUUCUCUUCCUGCAUUGUUUUGCAUACGUUAGGUACUCAGUGUAUGUUUGAUGAUUGAGAGUUGGCUGUAUCAGGUUCCCCACUAUUUUUAAUAGGGUGAGCUAGAGAGUUUUCUUUUUCUGACAAAUUUCACAUGCUCUGAAAACCUUCAAAGGCAAUGAUUUUUCACCUGGGAGCUCCGGGUUCAUGCUGUUUAAAUUUCUGAGAAUGUCAGAGUUAAGAUAAUGAGACUAUCCCAUAAUUGGAAGUAUGCUCUUUUCAGGAUGUCGUAAUAAGGUUAGUAAGUGACCAAACAAAUUAUCGUUUGAGCUAAUAAAGCUCCAAAGCAAUAAGUUUACGCCUCCAUCUCAGUAAGAAUUAAGCUCCAUACCACCUCUAUUUUUUUCUUGGCCUAAAACAAGUGUUCAAAGAUGUACAUUGGUGGUGUUAUGUAUGGAAAUACCUACCCCUUUAUUUACUAUCCCUGGAAACUAGAGAAAUGAUUGUUGGGCAACCCUUUAUCUUUUCAUUGUGUUUUAUUUGAUGGCGAGUAUAUUUAGAGACAGUUUUACCUGUGUCAUAGUUUCAAAAUCGCCAACUGUCAUCACCCACUGGGGUCCUUUGUCAAGUCAUUCUCCAUGGCUAAUAGGAUAAUCCAGGUAACUCUUAGAGAUGAGCAGUGAGUGGGCAGUUUUCUUGCCUUUGGUUUUCGACAGCUCUUAUCAUUUAAGACCAGCUUUCCCAUGAAUUCAGCCUUCUGGAAAAAAAAGAGCAUUUGUAAUAAGCUCCUCUAUAAGGCAACGUCAGUGGAAUCUUAGGUGUUGUUACUAGGGUUGGUGAGAGAGGGAAAUGUUUUUGUUUUUAUUAAAUGGAGCAUUAUUUACAAGAAGCCAUUGUUGAGCAUUAGAUCCCACACCAGAUGAAUCUCCAUUAAUUCUAAGUGAAGAAAACUCCAGUGUUGCUAUGGGCAAGGCCCUCUCGUGGGGGCCUUUCACCAGAGCAGUCAAAGGUGUGCUAUUGUCAGUAGCCAUGUUUCGCAGUGAUUUGAAGACCAAAGUUGUUUUACAGCUGUGUUACCGUUCAAGGUUUUUUUUUUAUAUGUAUUAAAUCAAUUUAUCACUGUUGAAGCUUUGAAUAUCUGCAGUCUUUGC